CCGGGCGUGCGGCGGUGCGUGCGGAGCUGCGGGGCCCCGCCGCCCCCCUCUCCCCCCCCGCCCCUCCGCCGCCGGCGGCGCUCCGGGGGCACCGGACGCCUCAGCAGGGAGCGCUCAAGACCCUGUGAGCCACCUUCAUCCCUGUGACACAACCCUCUAUUCCUGGCAUACCCGAGAGGAAGCUGCAGCACAGAGGGAUUAAAACCAAGGCUCAGAAAAGCCAGCAGCCUCAAGCUAGUGCCUGACGUGAUGAUCUGCAUCUCAGAGGUGUUGGCCACCGCAGCGCGUACCAGAGACUGGUUUGGAAAUGCUGGCUAGGGGAGAAACACGCUCUCCUUACUUCCAGACCCAGCAGAGCCCAGCAUGGACCAGCCCUGGCUAUGUGAGAAGCUCUGGUGGUGCAGGCAAUGGAAGAAUGCCAGCAGCAGCUGAGGAUGUGGUUCCUCAUCUAUUUGUGCAUGGACUAUGCUGAACCUGCUAGCAAUAGGCACAUCUUUUUCUAUUCAGAGCUCAUUAGCCCCUGUGUCCGGCUGCAUUCCAGUCCGGAGAUGUAAUGUCUGCUCGACUGCAAAGAAAUUACCAGAGGACUGCUGCAGUAGUUCUCGGGGUUGGCACUGCUCUGGUCCAGAGGUUCCUAUGAAGAAAACCAUCAGCAGUGAUGCUACAGGACAGGUCUCACAUGAGGGGCCACCAUAUGAAGGGCAGCUCUCCGCUUCUGUAGCUGAUGGCACCACCAGCACAGCCAGGCCAGACCCAGGGACAACUCUGGAUGUGACUGUACCAGAAACAGCUACCGUAAGCCCUGAGACUACCAGUUUCAACAGCACCAAAAUCCCAGAUGUGACCAGCACCGGACCCGGCCUGAGCACGAUGCUGCUGUCCUUUGGGAUCAUUACUGUGAUUGGGUUGGCUGUAGCUAUGGUUCUGUAUAUCAGGAAGAGGAAGAGGUUGGAGAAGCUACGGCACCAGCUCAUGCCCAUGUACAACUUUGAUCCCACUGAGGAACAGGAUGAACUGGAGCAGGAGUUGCUGGAACAUGGGCGAGACGCAGCAUCUUCCCAGGCAUCACAGAGCAAGUGUACCAAGAGUUAGGAGAAACAGGGAAGAAGGGUUUCUCACCAUUGUUUGCAGCCACCUUCACAGUGUUUUCUCUUUCCUUUGUCACCACCACCACACAAAAAGCCCAUCUGAAAGCCAGAGCCAGCAGGCACGGUUGGAACAGGUAUGUCUUUUAGCCAGUGAUGCAGCCUCCUCUCAGAGUAGACGUCUCUCCUUUCUUGAAUUCUUCUCCAGCCGCUCCGUGUUGCCCAUGGCUUCCCUUGCUUUUCCAGUUCCAGGAGUUCUCCCAAACAGUUCUCAAUUUCCCCACGCUUUACACCUUCAGCUAACCUGCAGCAAGCCUAGCAUGGGCAGAAACAGAAAGAGGAGAUAACAAGUACCACUGUAAUUGUAAAGUAUUUACCUUAAGACAUGCUUCCUAAUGUGCUGAAGAGCACAAAGGAGAUGCAUGUGUUGGAAUACAAAGUCAACAUGUUCUAUACACUGGUCUGGAAAAGCAAGAAAUACUGUUGUAUCAAAGCAAAGGAUCUUGUCCUCCGGAGUAGCACAUACUGGGAAAACAUCAGAUCCCUCUAUUAGUAAACAUUUCCUUUCAGGUGGCAAAGGGAGAAAUGACAUGGCCAGAGUUAAACCAUCACAGUAAAAGCAGAUCCUUCCUAUACAGGGCCUGGCCAGCAGGAUACCCAAGAUCCCUCCAGACCUUGCUGAUGCACAGAUACCUCUGCUUGGAAAAUUUCAAGUUUAAAGGCUUAACAUAAGAGAGGGAGGGGCUAAAACAACAAAGUUCAGCCUAUGGCAUGUUUUCAGGCCUUCUUGGUGUUUCAGGUCUUUUCAUGCUGCAUAUAAAUAAUGAGAGCCAGUACUCCAGUGAUGUGGGGAUAAUUGAACUGGCAUGGGUGUGCUGACUUGCUCACUGGCCUGUUGUAUUUUCCCAUCACAGCCGUGUUAAUGCCAUGUUAGUCAGCCAGUCUCCCCUUAGCAAGGGGCAGAACGUAGUUACAAUCCUGUGCAGUGUGUGCCCAAGCACAUGCACCUGAGCGAAGGCAGACUUGCUGGGUCUCAUCUUUCACUGCUUCAAUGCAGAUUCUGCUGACAAGUCAAGGAGCCCUCCAGAGACCCAGCCGUCUUGUGUUCGCAGACGUUGCCAAUGCCAUCAAUGCAUGAACAGUACCUGCCCUGCUCUGGGAUCGUGCUGAGACUGGGGAGGAUGAAGCCAACAAACCAGUGACUUCCCACGAGCAUGGCCGGUCCACUGAGCCCAGCUGGUCACCCCAUUGGUUUGUGUUAACAAAUGGCCACAAGCACUGGGAACUGUGGUCACUUUGGGAAGCAAACCCUGUGUGAUGGCACCGGUGGGCUUUUGGUGUGCCUGUUACCACUAAAAGGUCCUGAGCUCCGGUUUCUGGGCUGGUGCUGGCUGAUACCAUCUACCAAGCCGCGCGCUUAGGAACAGCGCCUGCUUUGUUGUAGGUUAACUUGUCAGAGCACAUGGGUGCACUUUCUGGGUCAGGGAAUGAAGAGAGGUGCAUGUUUCAGAGAGUUUCCCUGUUGGUUUUGUGCCACCAGACCCCGAGGAAAGCGAUCAGUGAGCCUCUCUGUACAGUGAGCACAGCUUUGGCAGAUCCUGGAGGGGUGGCAAAGCCCUUUGAGCAAGGAGAGCUGACUCCCCUGGCUGAGUGCAAUCUGAGGCACGCCACAGACAACACAUACCAUGGGCUUAUCCCCUUUGUGGCCUGUGGGCUGCUGAUAAAUGUGCACCCAGAGUGGUGUUCUAGUAUGGGGAAGUCACUAGCUUUAAAAAGGGAAAUGGUGAAGAUUUGGCUGAUUACAUCUUAACUGAGGAAGUGGCUGGAUAUCCCAAACUAGAGCUGCCAUAGAGAGGAGAAUUCAAAGAGCUAGGCUAGAGGCAGGGGUGUCAGUGUCUGUCUACAUGACUUGCUGCUGCUGAUCUAGAAAUAAUGGUGCUUGGGCCACAGAGAGGAGUUGAAUAGAACUGUGGUUCCAAUACCACCUAUCCCCCUCCUGCUUUGGCUCAGGAAAGUUUCAACGGUGCAGAGCGAUAUCCAGGAAAAAAAUUAAGCCUUGAAAUAUUUUCUGUUAGAUAAGGAAAACCACAUAUUGACCCAACAUCACAACAGCCCCAUGUCUGCCCCAGAGGUGACUGAACAACUGCUUCAUCCUUCCUUACCUGCCAGGACCUUGCAGCCUCUUCUCCCUGC